UUCGGCGACCCUUUAGCAAGGGAGAUCACUCUUCAGCUGUUGCUGGCUGCAUGUGCUCGUCGUGGCGGAAACCUUUCGAACAUUUGGUACACACUGUGAAUAAAAAGGUCUACGGCUGGCCAACAAUUGCACCAGAUUUAAGAAGUAGUUAUGGAUUUCGUUUGUGAAGAAGAUUGGGGAAAGAACAGAUUUGCAGAUGACCUUAGCUUGUCACUUUUUGGAAAUGAAUCACCAUCGGUAACAAAACAUGAAUAUCAUAGGUGAACCAGACACAGUCUCUACCUUUGCUGCAGAAAAACCGCAAAAGGAAAAAUUCUGAUAUGUCUGCAUCUACACCUUCAUCAACCUGAAAGGAACAACAAGAAUGUGAAACUGGGUAAGAAAGUGGUAAAAAAAAGAACAGAAAAAAUAAAACAUAAGCAAGAGAUGACAAGUACCGUUGAAAGGAAAGGAAGAAGUAAGAACAGUAUAAAAAGUGAAGAACCAGAGCAAAGACAGCCAAAGAUCAAACUCAGGCAAAGAAUUUAUGCGAAAGAAAAGAAAACAGACUUCUCAUGAAACUCAGUUACAUAGCUGUGAUAUGCAAGCAAUGUUAGACCAAAAGAAGAAAACUAAAAAGUGGAGCAAAAGUGGAAGAGAAUUAUGAUAUUAAGGUUUCAGAGAAAAAAUCAUCAAAAAUUUCAAGUUCAGACGAUAUAACACACGUGUCACAAAGUUCUAGCUAUCUUCAAAAGAAUUCAGAGGGUGAUUCCACCGUACUUCUGUCAACAAAGAAACAGAGAAAAAGAAAAAAGAAGAAUAACAGUAAAAGAAUAAAUACAAGCACCUCUGGCUCUAAACAACAAAGACACUUGUGCUGGUGAUGAUUUACAAGCUUCAGAGACUGCCAAAUCACAAAAAAAUAGUAAGGAAAUCCUUCCUCAGCAUAUUAAAGAUUCUUCAAAAGAUUUCCAGUCUUGCAGAAAUGAAACUGAGAAGUUUAAGACUUGUAAAAGGAAAACAAAAAGUACUAGAGAAGAAACAGACAUUAACACAGAUACACAGAACAAGCUUCAUCGUGCGAAGAAAUGUGAUUUUGAUGCUGCUGCAAGCAGUAGGAAGAAACUACAUGGUAAUGAUACAGAUGAUAACUCCUAUUCAAGUGUUAGUGACUUCAAAGAUAUGAAUCAAAAACAGUGAACUUAAAGAACAGAAAGAUGAAAGAAACAAAUUACUCAAAAGAGGCUGAAACAGGGUGAUAUCUUGCGGACCAGAACACUAGCAAAAUCGUCAUCUUUCCUUGAUAAGGCUCGAGAAAAACUGGAAGCUGCUCGUUUCAGAUUUCUUAAUGAACAGUUGUACACAAGCAGUGGAAAGGAAGCAUUUGAGAUGUUUAAGGGAGAUAAAGAAUCUUUUGAAGUAUACCAUAAAGGUUUUCAAGGCCAGGUGUCACGCUGGCCUGUCAAUCCUUUAAGCACUAUCGUUCAGCAGCUUAAAAACAAGCCAACUUGUAAAGUGAUAGCAGAUUUUGGCUGCGGAGAUGCUCAGCUUGCUGAAAGCUUGCCUCAGAAGACCAUCCAUUCAUUUGACCUUGUUGCACUCAAACCAUGUGUCACUGUUUGCGACAUGUCAAAGGUACCACUUCCAAAGGCCAGUGUAGAUGCUGCUGUUUUCUGUCUGUCUCUUAUGGGCACCAAUCUUGCAGACUACCUCUGUGAAGCGAACAGGGUGCUUAAAAUAGGAGGAAUGCUUCUAGUGGCGGAGGUUGUGAGUCGUUUCCAAGGAAUCGUCAGUUUUAUAGAAAAGGUUGAGCAACUAGGCUUCUCCAUAAUAAAAAGACUAUGAUGAGCAAAAUGUUUCUACCUCUUCAUCUUCAAGAAAGUAAAGGCUACUGAACGCAAGUCUGCACCAUCCAUCAUACUCAAACCUUGUUAUUACAAGCGCAGAUGAUAAAUUUUGAAUUACUAUUACAAUUUUUGCUAUCCGAUAAGAUAAUUUUAAAAGUUGUGCAUUGAAUGCUAACCUUGAUACAGAUUUUUUGCUUCCAUCUGUGAUCACAUGAUUUCUCAAUAACAGAGAAAAGGUCAGAAAAUUGUUUUGAAAAUUUAGAAACUGAGAAUGAAAGAAUUUAUAAUAGUGGGCAUAUUUUUGCAGUGUAACUGGUAGUAGACUCACAUUUGUUUUCACAUCUUAUUUCUGCCUAUUUUGAAUAAAACUGUAUGAAUAAUUUA